AUGUUGUCCAGCUUAAGGUCUGGAGUGAAGGGCUUGUGGAGGACAUCAGCUAGAAGUCUUCAAACAACAGCAAAUUUGCAGCAUGAUAGCUUAUUUGUGCACCGUGACACACCGGAGGACAACCCUAGUAUACCAUUUGAAUUUACUCCGGAAAACCAAAAGCGAGCCGAUGCUCUCCUAGAAAUUUAUCCCGAAGGCCACAAGAGGGCAGCAAUGAUCCCGCUUUUGGAUCUUGCUCAGCGUCAGAAUGGUGGUUGGCUCCCAAUAUCAGCCAUGCAUAAGGUUGCUGAACUAUUGAACCUACCUCGUAUGAGAGUGUAUGAAGUUGCCACCUUUUACACCAUGUUUAUAAGGCGUCCAAUUGGUAAAUAUCAUAUUCAAGUGUGCACGACUACACCAUGUUGGUUAAGGGGUUCGGAUAUAGUGUUGAAUGCUAUCAAGGAAGCCACUGGCUGUGAGGUUGGAGGAAACAGUCCUUGUGGAAAGUUUUCUAUAUCAGAGGUUGAAUGUCUCGGUGCAUGUGUCAAUGCACCCAUGAUCCAAGUCAAUGACGAUUACUAUGAAGACUUGACAGUUGAAGACUCAAAGGAAAUCAUUAACAAACUUAAGAAGGAUGAGAAACCAAAACCUGGGCCGAGAUCUGGCCGAUAUGCUUCUGAACCCCUCGGAGGUUUGACCUCACUCACUGAACCACCAACUGGACCUGGCUUUGGAUUGCAGGAUUCACUUAAAUAA